UGACGCAUUCAGCCCUCAGCUGUUUUUGUUUUUGUCUGCCUCCUGUUAACUCUAUAGAAGUUAGGGUUAAAACAGAAUACAAGCGCCGUGUUCUAAAAUAGAAGAAACAACAAAUACUUUUAGUUUCAGGAUUCAAGCCAUCAAUUUCCAAUUUGUAUAGCAUGUAUUACAUUGUAAUAACUAAUCUCAAGCGCAUACGUGUGUAGAGGAGCUGGGUUUCGGAGUGAUCGAUCCGAACACAGGCCACUGAACUAGGGCAGUGGAGCAGGACAGGAUCAUCACUGUGGACGAGAUGGAGGAACGGGAGACACCCGACGGUCCGGGAGGGCCUCAAGGCUUGAUCAGCGCCUCGUUCAACCAGGACACCACGUCUCUAUCAGUGGGCACUAAGUCAGGCUACAGACUCUUCUCUGUCACCUCAGUGGACAAGAUGGACUGCAUCCACGAAGGAGCGGAGUGUCCCGACGUGUACAUUGUGGAGCGGUUGUUCUCCAGCAGUCUGGUGGCGGUGGUCAGUCUCUCCAUGCCCCGACGUAUGAACGUCUACCACUUCAAAAGGGGAACAGAGAUCUGCAACUAUAGCUACUCUAACAACAUCCUCUCAGUCCGGCUCAACAGACAGAGGCUGGUGGUGUGUCUGGAGGAGUCAGUCUACAUCCACAACAUCAAAGACAUGAAGCUGCUGAAGACGCUGCUCAACACACCCUCCAACCCCUCAGGUCUCUGUGCCCUCUCUGUGAACCAUGGUAACUCCUAUCUGGCGUACCCUGGCAGUCAAACCAUCGGAGAGAUCAUGGUCUAUGACACCAACAACCUGAGCAAGGUGACGAUGAUCCCAGCCCAUGACAGUCCCCUGGCAGCCCUCACAUUCAACGCUUCAGGAACCAAACUCGCCAGUGCCUCCGAGAGGGGUACAGUGAUCAGAGUGUUCACCAUCCCAGAGGGACAGAGGCUGUUUGAGUUCCGUAGAGGGAUGAAGAGGUAUGUGAGUAUCAGCUCGUUGUCCUUUAGUUCAGACGCACAGUUCCUCUGUGCCUCCAGCAACACAGAGACGGUCCAUAUCUUCAAACUGGAACAGCACAGCCCCAGUCGAGAUGGCGAGUCUCCUACGUGGGGUGCCUACGUGGGGAAGAUGUUCACAGCAGCCAGCACCUACCUUCCCUCCCAGGUCUCUGACAUGAUGCACCAAGACCGGGCCUUUGCCACCGUACGACUCAACAUGUUCGGACUCAAGAACGUAUGCGCCUUGUCCACGGUUCAGAAGCUACCUCGGCUGCUGGUGGCAUCAUCAGAUGGACAUCUCUACAUCUAUAACAUUGACCCACAGGACGGAGGAGAGUGUGUUCUGGUCAGGAAACACAGGCUAUUUGAAGGAGGUGAGGCGCCACAGGAAGCACGACAGGAAGAGAAGGAGUCAGAGGAUGGAAGGUCCCUCCCACCGUCAACCAGCCCAUCAUACGCUGCCACUGUGUCCCUCCCCUCGACUGCACCCUCUUCUACCACUCUCACAGGCUACUCAGAGGAUGGAGGGGCUGAGAAAGGGGAUGUGAUCCCUGAACAUGAGUUUGCCGAGGGACCCGUCUGUUUGGAUGAUGAGAACGAGUUUCCUCCCGUCAGCAAACAGACCAACUGACCCACCACUUCCCUGGAACCAAUCAACUGGAGCCAUUCACGCAAGAAGGAAGUAUAUCAGUGUUAAGAGAACCCCCCCACCCCAUGUCCCCAACGAGCCCAUGUCCCCACCGAUCAAAUGGGAGAAACGUAGAUGCCACAGUGUUGAUUGGUUACUCUAAUGUGCCAUUCAGAAGUAGAGUGUGGCUAGAUAGUGGACCCGUCUCUGUACAUUGUCUUAUACCUGGAACUAAAGGUCAGUAUGAAUACAAUUUAAAUCCAUUCCCUUAACUAUCAGAAGGGAAGCAGGUCUGGGCUAUGAAUUUGUAGCCUUCCUCUAGUCUAAUAUUAACCAAUAUUUAACCUGGUUAAAAAGGGACUUUAAUAUUGAAUUGCAAUCAUAUAGAGCUAUUGAGAAGUGCUCUGAGCUUUUUACUUUUAUAACCUGUUUAGUAUCAUUUAGUGAUUUAUAACACUGACUGGAUAGUGGGGUCCGAGUCAUAUUCUGCUGCUUGAUGCAGAUUGGCUAGAACCCAGUGUAGGGUGGAAGAGGGCAGAGAGGGGCACAGACAGAGUGCGUCUUAUCAGUGGGCUAUAGCUGUGUCACGCCCCGAGAGAGAAGAGGGGGGAGGGAAAGAGAGGGGAUGGUGGAAUAGAGAAGGAGAGAGACGGCGUUCUAUCAUAGGUCUUGAGGUGAUGUUUUUGAACUUAUCUCUAGAAGAAAGGUGGGAAGAAUAAUAAAAUACUGAUAAUGUGAAAAAGUUGAUUAAUAGUAUUGUAGAUCCUUACAGGUCCUUUUAUUUCACUGAUAAAAUUAUUAACACCAUUGACUAAAUAAUGUUGAAUAUUGUAAAAUUUCAGACAUGACGUAGAUGUUUUUACUUUGUAAAAAAUAAUGUUGACUUGUACUAAAUAUUAUUUUGGAAUAUGAAAUUACAAUUAUUCAUCAAUGCAUUAGACCUACGGUAAUUAAGUGAAGGUCUUGGCGGAAAGUGGAUUUUUAUUGUUUGUGUAUAAUGUGUAUGUAUAUAUUAUAUGUGUGUGUGUGUAUAUAUACAGUUGAAGUCGGAAGUUUACAAACACUUAGGUUGGAGUCAUUAAAACU